AUGACGUCUGAGAUAGUCGAGGUCGGUCCACAUGUCGUUGGACGCUCGUGUGUGACAGGUGUUCAUGGUCAGCAGUGCCGGACACGGGUCAGAAUGAGAACCAUCAAGCUAAGACGGACGUAUUUGUGGGCUUUAUUUAUACUGGGAUUGUAUCUCUACGUUCACCUUCUGUACAUCAAAAAUAAAGGGAUGUGGUUCGACUACGAGAACGUUUCAAGUGACAUAUCGUCUAUUCAAAGCUAUCGGCCCGAGGAUAUCGAAGACGACGACACAAUUCUAGUCAACACAUCCUUGGCAGAUGACCUUUCGAAAAAGGUCAAAGUCUUCUGUUUCAUCGCUACAACGACGUCAAAUUUAUUGACAAAAGCGAAGGCUGUGAACGAUACGUGGGGCAAACGUUGUGAUAAAAUUCUAUUCGUGACGUCAUCACCGUCAAAAUUGUCCAUGACGAUUUCGUUUAACAUCGAGGACUCCAGAAGUCAUUUAACAGGAAAGACGAUGUCGAUGAUUCAUUACAUCUAUCGUUAUCAUCUAGACGAAUACCAGUGGUUUAUGAAGGCUGAUGAUGACACGUUUGUUGUGAUGGAAAAUCUCAAACUUUUGUUGUCAAAAUGCGACCACCAAAAACCUAUUUAUCUUGGCCAUCAUUUUAAAGUACAUUUAAAACAGGGUUAUAUGAGUGGCGGUGCUGGUUACGUCAUGAGCCAGUCGGCACUGCGCAUGAUCGUGGAAGACGGCCUACAGAAAGAUCUUUGUCCCCGUGAUGGUAAUGAUGAAGAUGUGGAUGUUGGGAGAUGUUUGGAAACUGUGGGCGUUCAGCCAUAUAAAACCACGGAUAAAUUCGGUCGGGAGACAUUUCAUGCCUUUAGUAUACUUAAUUAUAUUAUAGGACCAGUCCCUGUGUAUCUGUUGCAGUAUCCACAUAAGCCGGCACGGGCGGGAAAGAAUUGUUGCAGCCAACUGCCGAUCACGUUUCACUACACAUCACCACGUAUGAUGUAUAUAACGGAAUAUUUCCUCUAUCGGACCGCGGUCUACGGGAGACAACUCGCCACAAUUGAUAGUGACUUUUUUAAAGAAGAAGUCUCCCGCCUUGACAAGGACCCGGGUUCGGUUUUUGUACCCUACGGGCCUCAUGGAAUCUCAUUGGUGGAUUCUAAACCAAAGAAACAAAAUGGCGGAUGA